UGAUUCCUGUUCUGUAGGCUCAUCUCAGCCCCUUGAGUUGGAUCAGAUGGGAGAGGGGAACUAAAAGGGGGGCUGAGGACCAUUAAAAAUAUUUCUCAUCUCUACUGCACUCGGGCCUGCCACCUCGUUUGACCCCGCCCAAAGCCUUCCGCGCAGGCGUAAAUCGCAGUCUCUCCAUUUCAUUCUAGCCCGGCCCUCUCAAAGCUUCCCCUAGCAACAGGCAGAGACCUGAGUGGGGUGAGCGCAUGCGACCUGACGGUCUCUUACCAUCUCCCCUUUCCCCGCCCGCCAAAGAUUGGUGGGGGGGGGAGAGGGAAGGGCAAGGUGGGGUUGGCACUCCAGGCUCCGCCCCCUUCCAGCCUCCUCCCAUCCGGAGUCCGCGUGGCGGAGGCGCGCGCGCACUCCGGGCGGCCUUGGCUUUAAGGGUGCUAGAUCCCUGCUGUGGCGGCGAGGAUGGCGGGUGCGGGAGGGAGGUUUCAUUCAGAGCUCCUCCCUCCGAGCCCCUCCCACUUUGGCCCGGUAUCACCUACCGCGCCUGCGCGAUCCCGCCCGGCCACCAUCUUGGAAUUGGGGGGAAGCGAGAGAGAGGGAGAGGGAGAGGGAGGGAGAAGGAGAAGGCGAGCGAGGUCUGAGAGAGGAACCGUCGCCGAGGGCUAGACAGGCAGACGGGCCGAAGGAAGGGAAGAGAAGGGAACGGGGAGAAGAUUGUGCGGUCUGGCAGAACGCGGGGGCAGCAGCCGCAGCAGUAGCAGGAGGGAGCCGGCGAGGGAAGGAAGGAGGCAGGGAGGGAGGGGCGGGCAGGGUCAGCUCCAGCCUUUCCCGCCUCCCCCUGGUGGAGAGAGGGGGAAGGAGGAAGCCGGGGCGGAGGUGGGGGUCGCGGGACUGUCACCCGCUCCUCAGCCCCGGCUGCAGCCGCCCGACGGCGCACCCGGGGGUGGGGGGGUCGGCCAGGAGAAACUCGCCGGCUUGUCAUUCACCACCCGAACAUCCCCGAGAGGACAUCGGUGGUUGAGGGGUGUCAGGUGCUCCCUCCUAUCGCCCGUGGAGGUGGGGGCCGGGGAGGGGGCUCCCUUGCUCUCCUCCCGCCCCCGCUUCAGCCUGGGAUCGGGGCGAAGCCGAGGAGUAGGCAGCGAGAGGGUGGGGAAUCUCCUUCCCCCUCUCCCAGCGACCCCGGAGCCACUGGAGGACCCCAGGAGGAGGCGACGGCGGAGACGCUGGGGGACCAUAGAGACCCCCUCCAGGCUGGGCCCCGAUCCCCAUCCCCCACGGGGCCGACAUGCCGGCAGGGGGCCGGGCUGGAAGCCUGAAGGAUCCAGAUGUGGCUGAACUCUUCUUCAAAGAUGACCCUGAAAAAUUAUUUUCUGAUCUCCGGGAGAUUGGCCAUGGCAGUUUUGGAGCUGUCUACUUUGCUCGUGAUGUCCGGAGCAGUGAGGUUGUUGCCAUCAAGAAGAUGUCCUAUAGUGGGAAGCAGUCUAAUGAGAAAUGGCAAGAUAUCAUCAAGGAGGUGCGCUUUCUGCAGAAGCUUCGGCAUCCAAAUACCAUCCAGUACCGAGGCUGUUACCUGAGGGAACAUACUGCUUGGCUGGUGAUGGAGUAUUGCCUGGGCUCUGCCUCUGACCUUCUAGAAGUGCACAAGAAACCCCUUCAGGAGGUAGAGAUUGCAGCUGUAACCCAUGGUGCACUACAGGGCCUGGCCUAUUUACACUCUCACAAUAUGAUCCACAGGGAUGUGAAGGCUGGGAACAUCCUGUUGUCAGAACCAGGCUUGGUCAAGCUAGGGGACUUUGGCUCAGCUUCCAUCAUGGCACCUGCCAACUCCUUUGUGGGCACUCCAUACUGGAUGGCUCCUGAGGUGAUUUUGGCCAUGGAUGAAGGUCAAUAUGAUGGCAAGGUGGAUGUGUGGUCUUUGGGGAUUACCUGCAUCGAAUUAGCGGAGAGGAAGCCACCACUGUUUAACAUGAAUGCAAUGAGUGCCUUAUACCACAUUGCACAGAAUGAGUCCCCUGUGCUCCAGUCUGGACAUUGGUCUGAGUACUUCCGAAAUUUUGUUGACUCUUGUCUUCAGAAAAUUCCUCAAGAUAGACCAACUUCAGAUGUGCUGCUCAAGCACCGAUUUGUGCUCCGAGAACGACCUCCCACAGUGAUUAUGGAUUUGAUCCAGAGGACCAAGGAUGCAGUUCGAGAGCUAGAUAACCUCCAAUAUCGGAAAAUGAAGAAGAUCUUAUUCCAGGAAGCACAGAAUGGCCCCAGCGCUGAAGUCCCUGAGGAGGAGGAGGAGACGGAGCCAUACCUUCAUCGGGCAGGGACACUGACCAGCUUGGAAAGUAGCCACUCAGUGCCCAGCAUGUCUAUCAGCGCCUCCAGUCAGAGCAGCUCUGUUAAUAGCCUAGCAGAUGCAUCUGACAAUGAGGAUGAGGAAGAGGAAGAAGAGGAGGAAGAGGAAGAGGAAGAAGGCCCAGAGACUGGAGAAAUGGCCAUGAUGCAGGAAGGUGAACAUACAGUCACCUCUCACAGCUCUAUCAUCCACCGAAUCCCUGGUCCUGAGAACUUGUAUGAUGACCCCUAUCAGCCAGAGCUACCCCCAACACCUGUACAGGCCCCUCAGCCUCCAGCUUCUUCCUCCUCUGCCCGUCGACGGGCCUACUGUCGAAACCGGGAUCACUUUGCUACCAUCCGAACUGCCUCCCUGGUUAGUCGUCAGAUCCAGGAGCACGAGCAGGACUCGGCCCUGCGGGAGCAGUUGAGUGGCUAUAAGCGAAUGCGGCGGCAGCACCAAAAGCAGCUGCUGGCCCUAGAAUCAAGACUUCGGGGUGAGCGGGAAGAGCAUGGUGCCCGGCUACAACGGGAACUGGAGGCACAGCGAGCUGGCUUUGGGGCUGAGGCAGAAAAACUGGCCCGGCGUCACCAGGCCAUUGGGGAGAAGGAGGCUCGAGCUGCCCAGGCAGAGGAGCGCAAGUUUCAGCAGCACAUUUUAGGCCAGCAGAAAAAGGAGCUGGCUGCUCUUCUGGAAGCACAGAAACGUACCUAUAAGCUGAGGAAGGAACAGCUUAAAGAGGAGUUGCAGGAGAAUCCAAGCACCCCCAAGAGGGAAAAAGCCGAGUGGCUGCUGCGCCAGAAGGAGCAGCUGCAGCAGUGCCAGGCAGAGGAAGAAGCUGGGUUGCUGCGGCGUCAGCGCCAGUACUUUGAGCUUCAGUGCCGCCAGUACAAGCGCAAAAUGCUCCUGGCCCGCCACAGCCUGGACCAAGACCUGCUCCGGGAGGACCUAAACAAGAAACAGACCCAGAAGGAUCUUGAGUGUGCGCUACUGCUGAGGCAGCACGAGUCGACUCGGGAGCUGGAGGUGAGGCAGCUACAGGCUGUACAGCGCACCCGAGCUGAGCUCACCCGUCUGCAGCACCAGACGGAGCUGGGAAACCAGCUGGAGUACAACAAGCGGCGUGAGCAGGAGCUGCGCCAGAAGCAUGCUGCCCAAGUCCGCCAGCAACCCAAGAGCCUCAAAGUACGUCCUGGCGAACACCCCCCAGCCCCCCCAGCCCCUACCCCUCAGGCCCUGGACCCAAGCUCUGGACCCCUGGGACAACAGCAGGCUUGGGAGCUGCCCAGUAGCAGCCCCAGAUUGGAGGAACGGAGCCUGCUAGGAGAGGAGGCAGCCCAGGAACACAGGACACUGGGAGAGAAGGAAGCAGCUGUCCAGGAGCGGAGGAUUCUGGGAGAGGAAGGGGCUAGGGCCUCCAUAGGGCCAGAGGAGCGGAGGAUUGUGGGGGAGGAGGCCGAGGAGGUAGUGGCCCUGUCCCCCAGCUCUGGGGAACGGAAGAUUCUGGGAGACCUGACAUGGAGGCUACCCCAUGGGGAGGAAGCUGAGGAUCCUGAAACCCUGUCCCCCAGCUCCAGAGAGCGAAGGAUUGUCGGCCAGGAAGAGGCUGAGGAGUGGAGGUUGUGGGGGAAGGAAGAGUGGAGUGUCAUGGGAGAGGAGUUGGAGCUAGGGUGGGUUCAAGGGCCAGUCUUGCCCCCAGUCCUGGAGGAGGAGGAGGAUGAAGAAGCCCCCAUUGGGACUCCUAGGGAUCCUGGGGAUGGUUGUUCAUCUCCUGAGAUUCCUCCUGAGCCCCCCCCUGGUCCCCUAAGACUGAGCCUCCCUAGUCAGCUUCCAGGACUCUUGUCCCAUGGCCUCUUGGCUGGUCUAUCUUUUGCUGUGGGCUCCUCCCCAGGCCUCUUGCCACUACUACUAUUGCUACUGCUCCCACUCUUGGCAGCCCAAGGUGGAGGUGGCUUACAGGCUGCCCUGUUGGCUCUGGAAGUGGGUCUAGUGGGCCUAGGGGCCUCCUACUUAUUGCUCUGCACAGCCUUGCAUGUGCCUCCAAGUCUUUUCCUGCUUUUGGCCCAGGGGGUGGCCCUGGGGGCAGUGCUGGGGCUGAGUUGGAGAAGAGGCCUAGCUGGGGUGCCCCUAGGCCUUGUGGCUGCUUGGCUCUUAGCCUGGCCAAGCCUAGCCCUACCCUUAGCAGCAGUGGCAGCUGGAGGCAGCUGGUUAAGGCAACAAGGUCCAAGGCUUCGUCGGGAGCUGUCAAGGCUCUGGCUUCGGGUCUUGCUACGCCUAUCACCAUCAGCCUUCUGGACCUUACAGGGCUGUGGGGCUGUAGGCGAUCGGGGCCUCUUCACCCUCUACCCUAAGACCAACAAGGAUGGCUUCAGAAGCCGGCUGCCAGUCCCAGGACCCCGACGUGGGCGUCCACAACGGCCACGGAAUCCCCUGGCCUUACUGGCUCAGGCUUGGGCCCUGUGCAAAGGGUGGAACUGGCGACUGGCUCGGGCUGGGAGGGGACUAGCAGCUCACCUAUCCCCUGGAGCUGCCCAGGCAUUGGCCCGAUGGGGGUUGCUUCGGGGAGAACGACCAAGUAGGAUCCCCCGGCUGCUGAGGCAGGGUCAGCACUGCCCAAGGCCCCCAGUCCCUCCCCGAGUCCCUCCUGGGGCUACUUCCAGCCACCGACUCAGAGCUAGAAAACCACGAGCCCUGCCACCCUGGAGGUGAUUUCUUCCUACUACCCAUCCCAGCUGAGAGCACAUGCACUUUAUCUCCCACCCCACUGGCAUGGGGAGGAUCUUCCCCAGACCUUAUUCCUUCCCUUCCUUUGUGUGUUCUGUCCUUCCAUCCACCAAAGCCCCUUCAGUAGAAGGGGGUCCCAAAGGAUCUGCAGCCAGUUUGCCCUUCCUGUCCACUAAAUUGGGAAGUGACACUUAUUUAUGUUUUUCCCCAGCACCCCCUAAAUUAUUGGUGUCUUCCCACUGUGUGUGUCCUCAUCCUCACCCUCAUUAUUUCUCCAGGGCCUGGGCAGUGUCCCCUCUGGUUUGGGACAGGGCUAGCUGGGAGGGGUAGUCACUUUUUUUCAUAUGAUUUUGAUUUCGUUUUUCUGUUUCUUACCUCCAUCCCCAACCUUGCUCCUCAAUUACCCCCGCCCCAAAGAAAGAUAUAAAUAUGAAUAAAACAUUCGAGCAGAACCAUA